UGCUGGAGUAUUUAUAUCAGCAGUGAUACCUUGUGAAGUGCUUCAAACUCUCUUCUGAUCGUCUGCUGGUUUAAAGGUCAUCGGCUCAGUCGGAGGACUAGAAGCCUAAUUGACUGAUCUGACACUUGAUUGGUUGAGUGUAAUUGACUGGAAGUGUGUGUUGCUGCUCUGCUGGCUGCAGGAUGAGCGGAGCAGGGGAGGUGGUGUGUGAAGGCUGGCUGAGGAAGUCCCCGCCGGAGAAGAAGCUGCGUCGUUAUGCGUGGAAGAGGCGCUGGUUCGUCCUGCGGAGCGGCCGGCUGAGCGGGGAGCCGGACGUCCUGCAGUACUUCAAGAACCAGCAGUCCCGCCGUCCAAUCAGGACCAUCAACCUGCACCUGUGUGAACAGGUGGAUGCCGGCCUGACGUUCACGAAGAAGGAGCUGGAGAGCAGCUUCGUGUUCGACCUGAGGACGGAGGAGAGGACCUGGUACCUGGUGGCCGAGUCCGAGGAGGACAUGAACCGCUGGGUGUCCUCCAUCUGCCUGCUCUGUGGAUUCAACCCCACUGAAGACGUUCGGGAGAGACCUGCUGUCUCCGGCUCGUCCUCCAUCGCAGCGAUGUCCCCGCCCACUGGCACCAGCGCCAUCACCGCGGUAACAAGGUCAGUGCCCCCCCCCUAUGACCCGGUGAGUGUGCGAAACCUGGAGCACGGUGGAAUUGCAGAAGAAGACUACCUGUGGUUAUCUCAGUGCCAGAGUCACAUCAGGCCUCCUUUAGGUUCUCUUGAAACUGACUACAACGACAACCUCUACCCUCCACCCUCCACCACCUCCUCUUCCUCUUCCUCUUCCUCCUCUCCUUCCCUUCUUCCUAACGGCCUCCCACCUCCAUCGUCGUCCUCCUCGUCCUCUUCCUCCAGCUUUAGGACAGCCCUUUGGACAGUUGCCUCCAGCCAGUCACUGGAUACCAGCAUGACCUCUGACCUCCAGAGACGACCCGGUAGACCUCGCUGUCACCCGUCUCCUCAUCCCAGGAAGCACUCCCUGGACUUCCACCUGCGACCUGUGGCGAUACCUCUCAGCGACGAUAUACACGCCGCCCUGCAUCCAAAUACGCACUCGAACACCACCAGUGGUUACCAGAUCCCACGUCCGGCGUCCACCACGCAACCACGACCUCUUCGCCGCCCAUCCUCUACCCCCAGUGUGGACUCCCUAACCCAGGCGGAGCUCAACGCCACCACCCCAACUCCUCCUCCACGCCCGCCCAAACCUCACACCAUCGCCGCCCAGGGAGAGAGCUCAGCUGUGGGCACGGGGCGGGCGACGCUCCCCCGAUCCACCUCAGAGUCCGAGAGGAGGGAUGUAUAUGUAGAAGGAGGGCUGCCAAGGAGCCACACUAUGACUAUGCCAGGACGCACACAGACAGGUUGUGACUCUUUUUACAUCCCUCGGUCUCUGUCGGACAGAGCGAGCAUGUUCGAGUUCAGCGAGAGCUUCAACAGUUACUUUUUUAAUAAAGGCAUGGUACCUCUGGGUAGUGUUUGCUCUGAAGAUGAUGACGUGGAUGAAAACUAUGUUCCCAUGAGCGCUGCCACCACUGAGCCUCCUGUUACAGCCCGGGUGCCUCCACAUCCUCCCUCUGACCCCUCUGUGCUGCUCCAGGAUGCCAACUACGUCCCCAUGACCCCCCUCGCCUCUUCCCUUCCCGGUCAUCCCAGCCCUGCCACAGGGGACCCGGCAUCCAUGGGGAGGCAAGUCCCCCCACCCGCCCACAUGGGUUUUCGUAACUCCCCCCUGACUCCCGUCGCCCAUCUCACCCCGCCGCUCCGGAGGAACACCAUGAACACUGCCGGGGGAGUGGAGGUGGAGGCCAUGCCCCCUCCCAUCCACCGCAACCUGAAGCCACAACGCAGAGGAGUUUGUGCCACUCAGUCUGCAGAGAGGACGGACGGACAGACUGCUGCAGAGCCCAAACACAAAGCGACAGUGAAACCAGCUCCUCUGGACAUCACUCCAGUGCAGCAGGACUGGCAGGAAGUCCCGCCCCCUGUCCGCUCGCCUGUCACUCGAACCUUCACACGAGAUCCAUCCAGUCUGCAGUAUGUCAGGCCGACCUCCGCACACAGCUCCUCCCCCUCCUCCGACUCUGAUGACACUGAUGACAGCUACGUCGCCAUGACAACGACCUCCAGCCUCAGCUUCAGCACCGGGGAGCCGUCUCUGAGGCUGAUGCUGCACCGGGCUUCAGAGGGCGGGGUCAGCAGCCCGAUGCUACGGCGAGCCAGAGGCGACAAACAGGUGGAGUACCUGGACCUGGACCUCCACACAGGGCGCUCGACACCAACACGACAGAAACGCUGCACAGCAGAAGCUGGCGGCCGGCAGGUAGGAGCCAGCGAGGAGCGUGCACAAGGCGGGCGUACACGUGUGGACUACGUGGUGGUGGACCCCAAAAGAACAAAGGCCCUGAGGAGCACCAGAGAAGCAUGGCAUGAUGGGAGGAUGUCCACGGAGAAGGAGAAAUGCUAGACAUGCACCAACACACACACACACUGUGAUACAGACGUCACAUGGUAUCAGCUGUUCGGUGUAAGCGAGUGCACGAUGAUCAUCGCUGCGACUGAAGGACAAACAAGUCGAGGGCUGACAAUCUGCAUCUAAUUAAAAAUGUGUCCACUGUAGAGAGACUUCUUGCAAAGCACACUUUUAUUUUAUGGAACAAGUGAAUGUAGGGAAAGUGACGAUACACGUGUUUCAUAUUAGAGAACAUUAGCUCCUAACCCUAACCCAAUGAGAUGUAAUGUAAACAACUGGAGGAUCCUAAUGUUGUAGCAAUACAAGGUCACAGGUUUGAUACCAGUUUCUAAUCAUUUAGUUCUCUGAACAUGUUCGGUGGACAAAGCAGAAUAAUUAUCAGUGAUUAUUUUAAAUCAAGUAUGAAAUGUGAGUCCUUCCAUUGAUCCUGUGAUGACAGACAGCUGUCCAACAAUAAAGAAUAAACACUGCACUCA